AUGCACUGCUGCUCAGCAAAGCAAAGUACAAUGUCUACACCUUCGAAUACCAGCAGCUACGAAUCACCAAAGCAACGUACAGUUUCUACACGUUCGAAUACCGGCAGCGACGAUAUGAAACGCAUUCCUAUGGCCUGCACUAGAUGUCGCAACAUGAAGCUGAGGUGUCGAGUACCUGACGGUGACUCACGGUGUAGCCGCUGUAUCAGCCAAAAGAAAGAUUGUCAAUUUGUCCCCGUUAGCUCUGAACAGACUCCGAUGCCCAACCCAUCGGCACCGUACUCGCAAGGGCACUUUCGGUUGCAACCAAUUGCCCCGUCGACUCAGCUUCCAAUGUCGACACAGCUGCAGUGGAACGAUGCCUAUACUAGUGCGUUGUAUCCCAACUAUGUCGCCCAUGGCCAUGGCCCUUCAUAUGAUUAUACCCACACUCGAUAUCAAGGUCACUAUAAUGAACAACAAAGUCAGUUGGGCACUCAUACCGGCACUGCAAUUCCCAUGCAAAUGGACUACCCAAACCAAGACAUGUUCUCGAACGGCCAAAUGAGCACAACUGUGGCACAGGUCAACCUUGAAUUUGAUCCCACAAUUUCUCAAUAUGUGCAGUCGACUCCGAACGGUGCGACUUGGCCUCACGCAAUGACAAUGUACACAGCUAUGCCAGAAGAACCUGAAUACUAUGCAUUCUACAAUCCCCAAGGGCAGACACAUUGA